AAGAAAACAAAAAAAAUAGAUGUUUUAUGUAGUGCUACUGCUAGCCACACAUUCGUUUUGAGUUUCUGAGUGUUCCCAUUUCAAUCUAUGGCGAAAGACCUUCCAAAAGUGCUUGUUCUCGGUCCACCAACCUGCUUCUCAACAUUCGAACAACUUUACUCACACAAGUUCAAUCUCUUGAACCCCAAACCCUCAGGACUUCCCUUGCAACAAUUCAUGCUCGCCAAUCACCACAACCCAUCAACAAUUUCCGCAAUAUUCUGUAGCGCCUUAUAUCGCAUUUCCGUCGACGUCCUCAGCCUCCUCCCGUCCCUCCGUCUCGUUGUCAGCUCUAGCGCUGGAACAGACCACAUCAACCUUCACGAGUGCCGUCGUCGUGGAAUUCAGGUUGCCGGAGCUGGAGGGGUUUUCUCGGAAGAUGUGGCUGAUGCAGCAGUGGCGUUGCUUAUUGAUGUAAUGAGAAAAAUAACUGCAGCUGAUAGAUAUUUGAGAAUGCGGCAAAACAAUUCUGACCCUUGGAAUUUCACACUUGGCCACCGGUUAUCAGGCAAGCGAGUAGGCAUUGUUGGAUUGGGAAAUAUUGGCAUGGAAGUGGCAAAGAGAUUGGAGUCAUUUAAUUGCUUCAUCAUGUACAAUUCAAAGCAUAAAAAACAAUCAAUUUCUUACCCUUUCUAUUCCAAUGUUGUUGAUCUUGCAACUUCUAGCGACGCUCUUGUGGUGUGUUGCGCACUAAAUAACCAAACACGACACAUAAUAAACAGGGAUGUUCUUUUGGCAUUAGGAAAAGAAGGGUUUAUUGUCAAUGUUGGACGAGGUGGUCUCAUUGAUGAAAAGGAAUUGUUGAGGUGUUUGAUUGAAGGUGAGAUUGGAGGUGCUGGUUUGGAUGUGUUUGAGAAUGAACCUCAUGUUCCUAAGGAGUUCUUUUCUUUGGAUAAUGUUGUUUUAUCACCACAUUCAGGUGCUUUUACUGUUGAAGCUACAUUGAAAUUGUGUGAAGUUGUGGCAGAGAACUUAGAAGCUUUUUUUCUAAAUAAGGCAUUAAUUACACCAGUGAUGUUGGGUCCACCUCGCGUCACCAAAAAGGAUAUUGGAGCCACCUUUUCGAGAUUCCACAUUAACUGAUUAGAUACAGUUCUAAUUCCUGGACUCAACGGUGGCAUCGUCUGUGGGAAUCAAAUUCUUAUUCCCACAAUUUCGCAUUUGCUCUUUAGUUUGCAAGUUCGUAAUAUACACAAGUCACUGAAUCAAGAGCGAUCAGAAUUGAAUGCGAAGAUAUGUCAUGUUCGAUCUGAUUGAUCAUUGUUUCAACUUCGAUUUGUCGAA